AUAUUUAACAAGUUUGUAGUUUCCAAAAGUAGCCAAUCAAGUCGGCGCGGUGGUUAGUUGAGGGUCUAUUAGCACAUUUGUUAACAACAGCCGACUCAAAACACUGCAGGUAGUCUAGGUGCGAGAAGUAUCGCGGUUUCGGUGCGCACGUUUCGAUACCAAUGUGAUUUUAAAAAAAUUUUUUUACGAGUGUUAGUGCCAUAUUCCAUAUUUAAAAAAAGUGUAGCAAAUUAUAUCUAGAGCAAACUCUAUAUUUCUAUAAUUCUAGGGGCGAUAUUGAUACAAUGGAACGACCAAGUGAUAUUGAAUUGCGUAGAAGGCAGUUUAAAACACAACCGUCCACUCUACAUUCCAGAAGACAACAAGCUGUAUGUGUAAGAAGAGCUGUCAAAAGAUAUGGUACAAAAAACAACCCUUACGUUGUAUUGGAUAAUCUUAACAUGACCGUACCCAAGGGAUGCAUAUAUGGUUUAUUGGGGGCAAGUGGAUGUGGGAAAACGACAUUACUAAAUUGUAUUGUUGGAAGGAAAAGACUUAAUUCAGGAGAACUGUGGGUACUCGGUGGUACGCCUGGUUCUCGAGGUAGUGGAGUACCAGGACCCAGAGUAGGAUAUAUGCCUCAGGAGAUAGCACUCUAUGGCGAGUUCACCAUCAGGGAAACCUUCAAGUACUUCGGUUGGAUAUCGAACAUGACAACAGAAGAAGUGGAAUCGAAAGUGGAUUUUUUCGUCAACUUCUUGAUGUUACCCGAUGCAGAUAGACAAGUCAAAAAUCUCAGUGGAGGUCAACAACGGCGGGUAUCUUUAGCCGCGACUCUAUUACACGAACCCGAAUUAUUAAUUUUAGACGAGCCCACUGUAGGAGUGGAUCCUUUGUUGAGGACGAACAUUUGGAAUCACUUAGUGGAAAUUACCAAAUUCGGAAGGACGACUGUGAUUAUAACUACGCAUUAUAUCGAUGAGACCAGACAAGCGCACUUGAUUGGACUUAUGCGAGGUGGUUAUUUCUUAGCGGAAGAAUCUCCGGAACGUUUGAUAAAUCAAUUCGGAGUCGAUAAUUUAGAAGAUGUCUUCCUAAAACUAAGCGUGAUGCAAAAUAUGGGAAAAAGACGAAGAUCCAGCAUAGCUAAAACCGUUACAGAAGCCAUAACUGUACCGGAAAUACAUGGCGGUACUGUCAAUCCAGCAGUUGUAUUAGAUGACGAAGCUGGAGAAAUUUCUGGAGAAUUCGGAGACAGCGUAUCGAUAAACAGCAGAUCAACAAGACGAGUAUCAAUUGCACCUGAACCAACAGUAGAUACACCUGUGGAAUUGCCUCCUGAAGAUGACUCAGAAGUAUCUUGUAAGGAUUAUCUGAAAAUAGUGAAAGCGAAUCAUAUGCGGGCAUUAAUUUGGAAGAACUUUUUGUGGAUGUGGAGAAACAUUCCGAUGAUGUUAUUCAUUAUAGGAUUACCGAUAGGUCAGGCGAUACUCUUCUGCUUAUCCAUAGGGCACGACCCAGUAGGCAUCAAAGUAUCUGUGGUAAAUAACGAAAUAAAUUUCCCUACUGAAGUAUGUCCCGUAAGAACCUUAAACUGCAACACCACAAAACUUAGCUGCAACUAUUUGAAUGUGGUUGCUAACAAUUAUUCAAUAUCUAUGGAAUAUGUAGAAAAUGAAAAGAAGGCUAGAGAAAUGGUUGAAAAAGGAAAAUCGUGGGCUGUGAUAGUUGUACCUCAUAAUUUCACUGACGCUUUAUGGAGUAGAAUUGAAAAUACGAGAGAUGCACCCUUAGAGGAUGUUUUAGCAUCUACCAUAAGCGUAUACCCAGAUAAAUCUAAUGAAAACAUAGCGACAUUCCUCACCAGAGAUAUGUUGUACGGUUUUUUGGGAUUCAUGGAGGACAUUUUACGUAGUUGUGACUUUGAUCCAAGGAGUAUCACACUUCCUUUAGCGUAUAAAAAACCAAUCUACGGAUACGCCAAUCCAGAUUUCACAGACUUCGCAGCACCAGGUGUCAUACUAACGAUCAUCUUCUUCAUGGCGGUAGCUCUAACAUCAGGUUCCAUGAUAAUGGAAAGAAACGAAGGUAUUUUGGAAAGGUCUUUAGUGAAUGGAAUAAGUGGAACAGAGCUACUGUUUUCACAAAUUAUUACUCAAUUUGUUAUUAUGAUGGGACAAACUAUAAUGGUACUUAUUGUAACGUUUUUUGUCUUUAAUUUAACACAAGUCGGAUCUUGGGGAACAGUUAUUACUAUCACUCUACUAGCUGGUAUAUGCGGCAUGUGUUUUGGUUUUGUGGUGGCUUGUGUAUGUGACAACGAACGAUCCGCUACUUAUCUAGCCUUGGGUAGUUUCCUUCCAAUUGUAAUGCUUUGCGGAAUUAUUUGGCCAAUAGAAGCUAUGAACGACUACUUGAAGUGGGUUUCUGUAGUACUUCCCCUUACUCAAGCUACAGAAAGUUUCAGAUGUGUACUAGCCAGAGGAUGGGGUAUCUCCAACCCCGUUGUAUACAAUGGUUUCAUUUCAUUAACUGUGUGGAUUUUAAUAUUUUUAACUAUCAGUAUUUUGGUGCUCAAAUUCAAGAAAGGUUAAGGUGAUAUUUUAUUAUUAUUUCAAAUUGGCUAUUGUACUCAAUUUUAUUGUUUUUAGUUGGUAGAUAAGUUAUUUCCUUUUUUUAAUUGUUAAUAAACUUUUAAAAACAAA